GGGGGCGGCGGGGGGAGGCGGCGUCCCGGCGGGGUUCACUGCGCCUGCGCCCGGAGUUGCAAGAUGGCGGACAGUGCGGAACUAAAGCAAAUGGUUAUGAGCCUUAGAGUUUCUGAACUGCAAGUACUUCUGGGUUACGCGGGGAGGAACAAGCACGGACGAAAACACGAACUUCUCACAAAAGCACUGCAUUUGUUAAAGGCUGGCUGCAGUCCCGCUGUACAAAUGAAAAUCAAAGAACUCUAUAGGCGAAGGUUCCCUCAGAAAAUCAUGACACCUGCAGACUUAUCCAUCCCCAGCGUACACUCAAGUUCCAUGCCAGCAACCUUGUCUCCGUCUACCAUUCCACAGCUCGGCUACGACGGCCACCCCGCAACAUCGCCGUUGCUUCCCGUUUCGCUUCUGGGACCUAAACAUGAACUGGAACUCCCCCAUCUUACAUCUGCGCUCCACCCUGUCCAUCCCGACAUAAAACUUCAGAAAUUACCUUUUUAUGACUUGUUGGAUGAGCUGAUAAAACCUACCAGUCUAGCAUCAGAUAAUAGUCAGCGAUUUCGAGAAACCUGCUUUGCGUUUGCACUGACACCACAACAAGUGCAGCAAAUCAGCAGUUCAAUGGAUAUUUCUGGGACCAAAUGUGACUUCACAGUACAGGUCCAGCUAAGGUUUUGUUUAUCAGAGACCAGUUGUCCACAAGAAGAUCACUUCCCGCCCAAUCUGUGUGUGAAAGUAAAUGGGAAACCCUGCAGCCUUCCAGGCUACCUUCCACCAACCAAAAAUGGUGUUGAACCAAAGCGACCUAGCCGACCAAUCAACAUUACCUCACUCGUCAGAUUAUCCACAACGGUACCAAACACAAUCGUUGUUUCGUGGACUGCAGAAAUUGGAAGAAACUAUUCCAUGGCAGUCUAUCUCGUAAAGCAGCUGUCCUCCACGGUUUUACUGCAGAGGUUGCGAGCAAAAGGGAUUCGGAAUCCGGAUCACUCGCGAGCGCUAAUUAAAGAGAAACUGACUGCAGAUCCAGACAGUGAAAUAGCGACAACAAGCUUAAGAGUUUCUCUUCUUUGUCCACUUGGUAAAAUGCGGCUAACUAUUCCGUGUAGGGCCCUGACUUGUUCACACCUGCAAUGUUUUGAUGCCACUUUGUAUAUUCAAAUGAAUGAAAAGAAACCAACUUGGGUUUGCCCUGUUUGUGACAAGAAGGCUCCGUAUGAGCAUCUUAUUAUUGAUGGGUUGUUCAUGGAAAUCCUGAAGUAUUGUACAGAUUGCGAUGAAAUUCAGUUUAAGGAGGAUGGAUCGUGGGCUCCUAUGAGAUCAAAAAAGGAAGUGCAGGAAGUAACUGCGUCUUACAAUGGAGUUGAUGGUUGCAUAAGCUCUUCCUUGGAACAUCAGGUGUCUUCUCACCAGCAAUCAAAUAAAAAUAAGAAAGUAGAAGUGAUUGAUUUAACCAUAGACAGCUCGUCAGAUGAAGAGGAAGAGGAACCAUCUGCAAAGAGAAGCUGUCCUUCCAUAUCUCCAGCGUCACCAUUAAAUAAUAAGGGCAUUUUAAAUUUACCCCAUCAAGCAUCUCCUGUGUCAAGAACACCAAGUCUUCCUGCUGUCGACACAAGCUACAUCAAUACAUCACUUAUCCAAGACUACAGGCAUCCGUUCCAUAUGACACCUAUGCCUUAUGACUUGCAAGGUUUAGACUUCUUCCCUUUCCUGUCAGGAGACAAUCAGCAUUACAACACCUCCCUUCUUGCUGCUGCAGCUGCGGCAGUUUCUGCAUCAGAUGAUCAAGAACUCUUACACUCUCGUUUUUUCCCAUACACUUCAUCUCAGAUGUUUCUCGAUCAGCUAAAUGCAGGAGGAAGCAGUACUCUGCCGGCCACAAAUGGUAGCAAUAGUGGCAGUAACAGCAGUCUUGUUUCCUCCAACAGCCUGCGAGAGAAUCAUGGUCAUCCAGUUGCAAGUAGAAGCAGCACGGACACGGCGUCUAUCUUUGGUAUCAUACCAGACAUUAUUUCAUUGGACUGAGUUUUGGAGUAAAUGAACUUGUCAGAGGAGAUAUUUGUGCUUGGUUUUACCUUAUUAUGUUUAGAAACAUAGACAAGUUUUUUUCCUUUUUUAGGGAAAAAAAUUUACAUGUACAGAGAACAAAACUAUAUUUUCAGUUUUACUUUUGUAUAUAAACCUAAGAUGGCCUCACUGGUAAAAAAUAACAAAAAAAAAUCACAAAACAAAAAAUAACAAAAAAGAAACUUCAGUUCAUUUUUAUGGACGCUGAAGACUUUACACCUGUGCAUUUGUCAUGUGAGUUACUUUUCUUUUUUUUUUCUUUUCCUUCCUUAGUGUGGACACAAAUGGCAUUAUUUUCUUCACAGUGUAACAUAAAUGGGAAAGGAACUGAACUUUUAAAGUUCUAACUUGUAGGAGUUUUUUUUCUCCUCUUGGAGACAUUUACCUUUGGUGGUGGAAUCUAAUUCCCCCAUCCCAUUUUUAGUGCAGAUUUUAUUACGCUUAAGUGGAAUAAACCCUACCCACUGUUCCACAGCAUUCCCUCUGUUUGCAGGACAUAUAGCCUUUCAGGAGUGACUUUUUUUUUUUCUGAAUUCCAUGCUUUAAUCAAGCAUGUUGUAAGCUCAUUAGUGCACCAAUUAUCCUUGUGGGCCAGACUCAAUAAAAUCUCAGGCUGAGCAAUUGUUUGGCUGCACUUGUGCAGGACAAGACAGAGAAUUUUUAUAGACUCUAGCCCCAAAUAAAAGCAUUGACACGUUUGACUGUAGGUUUUUGUUUCUAAUAACUUACUAUGAAAUCCUAUUAAAAUAACUUAAGGUCCUAAUCAGCAAAAUAUUAAGCAUGUGUCAGUUUUAAAUUUGUGGAACUGCUUGUGCUUUAAAGUUAGCCAUGCGUGUGUAAGUGGCCUAUUGAAUUGAGGCCUACCUUAUUCUGUCUGGGGAAACCUACUUUUAGUUGCAGUAGAUCAAAUUUCUGCUUAAAAAUGAACUCGUCAUCAAAAGGAAGAAAAUAUGAACACCAACACACUAUUGCAUGGUUUGUGCAGCUGAUACUGGUCUUGGUACACAGUCUUCUGACUUCACGUUCAUCAAAGUUAAGUUAAUACUGAGUGUUCAAUGUGAGUCUCUUAAACCAAAAACCAACCCAAUAAAAAAGCCCUGUCCAGAGCCCAUGCACUGAGAUGAAUCUCUACCUAUUGAAGUCUCUUAGGGUAAUGGGUUUCAAAUUCAGUUUCCUCUUUUUGGCCUUCUAAAUAUUUUGAUCGAUUUCCCUGUUUUUCGGUAUGCUAUGUUGAACUUCGAGCCAUACUUACUCCCUGGUUUCUUUUCUCAUUUUUUUGAAGUUGUGCAUGACAUAGGAAAAUCUUUUUUUUUUUAGAACUGGUGGGUCAUUUGGGCUGAUCCAUUCUUGUUAAAGAGUGAAAUGUGUAAAUAGCUGGAAUGCAUUUUUUCAGGAGAUUCUUUAAAGUAAGAGUAGGGGGAGGGAAGGAGGUGAUUCUCUUGUGUCCCAAAGUCCAUGUCAGAGAGAGUAAAUAUUUCCUCUGGUGUGAAAAAUAUUUUUUUAACUGGUUGAAAGUGCAGGUAACAAGUUUAUCAGGAAAGAUAGAAAGAAAUACAAAAAAUUAGCAGAUUCUUGUCUGAAUUUUUAAUGUCCAGACUAUUGAUUGCAGCUAGUUGCUUUGAGCAUUGACAAGGGCCACCUUUUGCCUAUGAAGUUGUCUCAAAAUCUUGCAUUGAUUAAAAAAAAAAAGAAAGAAAAAAAGAAAAAAAACUUUAUCCAAGUAGCAUUAGGUAUUGCUGUAUGAUCAGUUGUAUGGUUAUUUGAAAGGUUCACAUGAAUAUGUGGCAUCAAAAUUGUUUUUAGUGUUUUUACAGCAUCAUUCUGCCACUAAAUAGUUGACUUGAAUUUUGAAAACAAAUGUUUGUGUUUAUAUGUAUAUGUGUGUGUAUAUAUGUAUUUAUAGAUCUGUGUGUGUGAGUUAAAAGUGAGUUAAAUAGUUUUUCCCAUGCAUGUGUAUUUCAUACAUAUCUGGCUGAUAUAUAUAUUUCACCAUACACCAAUUUUAUAAUUUAUUAAAUGUCAGUUAAAAAAUAAAUAAAAGGAUAGAAAAUGGGAAAUACUUAUUUUUUAAACUCAGUCUGAUUUUGAAGUGAUUAAACCUACAUUAGGAAUAUAUCGCAUACAUUUUAGUCAUGAAUACUAGCUGGGUAACUUCAGAGCAUGUGCUGUGCUACGACAGUGUGUAAAUCCGGGGUAGCUUCGCCUCUCCCGGACUGCAGCGGUGUACCCGGGAGCGCGUGUCCCCGCUUCGGAAACUCCGCAGGGAGAGUCUGGAGAGCUUGGGGCUGUUUUACUGACGGCCGUGGCAACCUUUCCAUCGACUGUAUUGUUCAAGAUGAGCUGAAAAGCUGCUUAUGUCAGUUCUGACAGUGGUAUUAAAAUCGUGUUAAUUCCCGUAUGCAAUUAAAUGCGGCAAGUGAACGGAAGCAAAAUUUCGCAUCCUUUACGCAUGUGUCUGGCUUUUGGAAAGUGAGGUCGCCUGCCGAUGCCUCCCACUUCCUCACAAGUGACCCCGAAGGGAAGGAAGGCUUUUCAGUUCACCUUUGUCGUAUUUUUAACCUCGUUGCCCUACAGAGAAGGGACAGAAAUGCUCUUAGGUCCUCCUUUGUGGUAUUAAUUCCAUAUGCUUUGUGAGUAUUCGUAUUUCAUACUAAGAUGUUCUUUAUAGCUGAUAACUCUCUGUGCCUCUGACCACAGUUAACGUUACUUGGUAGAAGUCUCAGUCCGAGUUCUCUGGAAGUCCCCUGCAAAUGUAAAUCCACAACUAAAUCUCUCUUUGUUUGCAUAUUAUUCACGACGCGGCGCAGUAAUCCGGUGUUUGGCCGGCUUGCGGUCCUGCUAAAUUCUCUGUAGAUUACAAAGUUUAUGUAAUCCUUAGAGUAGUGGUUAACCCUUCUCGUCCUCGACUUCUUCCACUGGAGGGGUGGGUGGGUGUGUGCACGUGUGUCUCUGUAUUAUGUAUAGUACUGUAUGUGUGUAUGUAUAUAUACACACAGAUAUGAGUAAAUAGCUGUCGUUUGAAUAGCAGGGUGGAAGUGGCUUCGAAUCACUCUUGUGGGCAUUAUUGGUGCAUCUUUUAAAAGAAGAAAAACCAUGCUAAACUAUAACCUAUACUGUGCAUUACGAACUUUGUAGUACUUCCAUAAUUAUAGACGUGAUAGCAAUUCCAGGCGUGCCCAUCCCUCUCCGUGGCAAGGGUUCAAUAAGCCUGUCAAGGAUGGGAGGACUGAUAGCGUUUCGUUGAACUGUCUUGGAACUGCCUCCUAAUGCAGAGCUAGAGACUGCGAGGAGAACAUCUCGAAAACUGAGUCUUCGUUGCAGUUUAACAUUUCAGGGUUUUAAGCACAUUUUAAAUAUCUUCAGAAAGGAUUUUGCUUUAUCAGUGUAACUGUUUCUUUCUCUCUUUUUUUUUUUUUUUUUUUUUUAACAGAGCUUAGAUUUCUAACAAGGGAAAAUUGCUGGUGGUCCCCGAAAGUGCUGCUGUUAAUUGUUUUAAUUAACAAAGGGAAAAUGUAUAUAAGCAGAAUAUUAAAAUUACCAUUAAUUCCAUGAAUUUAAAUCUGUCAUUCAUUGCCUUAAAACUUUCUCUUAGUUUGCAUAUGGCAUGCCAAACCCAUAAAUGGCUUUUAAAAAUGUAUAGUAGACCAAUGUCAGUUUGUAUAAAAGUACCAAGUGAAAAUAUUUAUUAUAUGCAUUGGAAAAAAUGGUUUACCUAUUGAAUGUUACCUGUUUAUGUAGAAAUCUUUAGAUGUAAUAAAAAGCAUUCAGUUA